AUGGAUAUAUUUGACAGUACAAUUACAUCUUUUGAAGAUUUUCCAUCUGAACGUUUCAAAGAGCAAUUAGAAUCCCUCACCUAUGAAUCAAUAGAAAGAGCUAGCCAAUUCGUGUUGGAGAACCUUCCAUGCAUAGAUGAUUUAUUCGAUGUUUUGCUAAAUAGAAUGAGAAAGGUAAAGUAUUUGUAA